CGCGUAUUCAAAGUCGAGCGUUGUUUCCCUCGUUGGUGCGCUAGUCAUUGCUAUUUUACCAUAAACGGUUCGAUUCGAGUCAUAGAAAAAAAAAUUAUCUACAUUUUGGCGAACGAUAAGUCGAUUAGUGCGAGUAUUCUAGUGAGUGAGUUCGUGAUUCAGACUGAUAUGGGUACUGAUAUUAUUUUGGAGUGGUAGAACGCGACGCAGCGCAUCGCGCAUACACACAAACCGGCAGCCGACUUGCACAGGGCCCCGGCAGACGCGCGCGCGAGCAAGAGCGGCAAAACCAAUCGAGUGCUUGCUGAGGACGCCACGGGCGUGGCUGACCAGUUCAACAUUACUCAUCAAAUGAGCGUUCAACAUCAACCAAGAACCAGUUGUGUGCAUCGAAAUACGCCAAAUGUUUUAAAAAUGCAUCAUUCGACGCUCAUUAUAAACACUAACUGCUAACCGACGCCGCCGAACGUUUUCGCCCGCUACAAGCCGUGGAGUGGUGUGUGUGUGUGUGUGCUUCUACCAGACGCGAAUUUGUGUAUUCCGUAGUGCACGCCGCUCGGUGCCGGUACGCGUUCUUUAUUCAAUCAAGCGGAGCGUCUGCUGCGUUCGCAAAAUCGGCUUUUCAACCGACACGCACAUCAAUCACAUGAUAAAGCACAGCAACCCAGCAAGUAUAGUUGAUAUUUGAUUUUAGAACUGCACCGAGUGUCACGACAAAAUGAGCGGAACUAAUGUGAAUGUCACAGUGCCGACAACACAAACAACAGCAACCAUUAAAUCCCGACCAAACAUUAUGCCCAGUAGUUACAUGUACACAUCCAGUGCUGGCCUGCUCAAUCGGAAUCCGGAGAACAAACCAGCACCACCACCCACUCUACCAAAAUAUACAAGCAGUUUCAAUGCUGGCAGCGGUGGUUUAAAUCGUGAUAGAGAUAAGGACAGUAUUGGUGGCUCAUAUAGGUUGGCAAGUAUGGACAGGAUUGCCUUGAGGCAAAAAUUCAUGGAUCCCAACAACACUAACAAUACAACCACAAACAAUGGCAGUAAUGGGAUACAUACAAAUGGAAGUGGCACACCAGAAGCCACAGCACCAUCAUCAGUGCAGAUUAAAAGAGAAAUGUUUUUCAAUCCAGCAACAGAGACUACACCUAAGCAAGACUCUAAUCGAUUAGCUAAAGUUCCUUCUACAGAAAAGACCACAGACACAAAUAAAGUUCUGAGUCCGCCAGAAACAACCAAAGAUGAAGGUAAAGAAACUAUGCCAGACAUUAUUAAAGAGAAGCCAAAGCCUAGGGAGCUUGAUGGUUAUGUCGGUUUCGCCAAUCUACCGAAUCAAGUGUACCGCAAGGCUGUGAAGAAAGGCUUUGAGUUCACUUUAAUGGUAGUUGGUGAAUCUGGGCUGGGUAAGUCCACCUUAAUUAACUCCAUGUUUUUGACUGACAUUUACAACUCGGCUGAUUAUCCCGGCCCAACACAGAGGCUAAAGAAAACAGUGGCAGUUGAAACAACAAAAAUUUUACUUAAAGAAAAUGGUGUAAACCUCCAUUUGACUAUGGUAGACACACCAGGAUUCGGCGAUGCCGUCGAUAAUAGCAAUUGCUGGGUGCCAAUCAUAGAGUUUAUUGAAAGCAAGUAUGAAGACUUCUUGAACGCAGAAGCGCGAGUUACACGAAAACAAUCCACGGAUCAACGGGUUCACUGCUGUCUUUAUUUCAUUCAACCAUCUGGACACGGCCUAAAAUCGUUGGAUAUUGAAUUUAUGAAGAGGCUGUGUGAUAAAGUAAACAUUAUUCCCAUAAUAGCAAAGGCUGACACAUUGACUGCAGAUGAAUGCACCCUAUUCAAAAAGCAAGUGCUGAAUGAAAUAGCUCAGCACAAAAUUAAAGUUUACGAGUUUCCCGAAUCGGCAGAAGAAGACGAGGAGAAUAAACUAAACAAGUCUCUACGAGAUCGCGUGCCGUUUGCAGUCGUCGGCUCGAACGUGGUCAUCGAACAAGAUGGCAAAAAGAUGCGCGGCCGGAAAUAUCCAUGGGGCAUUGCUGAGGUCGAAAACUUAGAACACUGCGAUUUUAUUGCGCUGCGCAAUAUGGUUAUCCGCACACAUCUACAAGAUUUAAAGGAUGUAACUAAUAAUGUUCAUUACGAGAACUAUCGGUGCCGAAAAUUGGCAGGAUUGGGCGCAGAUGGCAAACCCACCCGCAGCUCGAACAAGAAUCCACUCGCUCAGAUGGACGAGGAAAAGCGAGAGCACGAUGCAAAGAUGAAGAAGAUGGAGGCCGAAAUGGAACAGGUGUUCGAGAUGAAGGUCCGCGAAAAGAAACAGAAACUGAAGGACAGUGAAGCUGAAUUGACUCGAAGACAUGAGUCCACUAAGAAGCAGCUAGAGCAGCAGGCGAAAGAAUUGGAGGACAAACGGAAGCAGUUCGAGCUCGAGAAGGAGCAAUGGGAGAAAGAAAAUCAGGUGACGAUAGAAGAAUUGCGUCGGCGAUCUUUGGAGGGCAGUCGGGAGGCGGUCGAUGGUAAGAAGAAAAAGAAGGGCCUGUUCUAAUCGCAACAAGAUCGACCACGCCAAGGUUGACAUGGAAUCGAAAAAUAACUUUAACUUUUAAGUAAUGUAUUGAAUUAUCAUCUAUCGUAUUGAGAAUUUGAGAGACAAGGCUAUUAUUUCAAAAGAAUUGCUUCAAUGUACGACUUCUUUACGAUGUAUCUAAUCAUACCGUGAGUAAUGUAAGAGGCAUGUAUGUAAUCAGGCUUUUCCAAAUUUGUAAAACGCGCAAACAUGUAUCAUAACAUUUGCCACCACAAUUGCCAUUCAGCGACUUUGUUUUUUAACUAGCCUCAUUUAAGACUAUGAUAAACGAGUAAUGUUAGUUCCAAAUCUAGUGAUAAAAAAAACGUAAUUGCGGCACGACUAGCCUAAAUUAUUUCCAUACAAACUGCCAUCAAUUUUACAGUAGUUUAGACGUUUACAAACACACUAAUUCAAACUAAACCGAAACGUUCCAUGGAAAAUUAAAUCCGAAUAAAAUUAGCUAAACAUUCAACGAUACCAAUGAAUUAGUGUUAAAUUGAUGAACAAAAAGUAAAGAAUUUUAAAUAUCACAAAAUAACUAUUGUAUUAUAUUAUUACUAGAAUGAGUAAUUUAUGAAUUUCUGUUGAUAGCGAGCGUGUUUGACAGGAAAGAGUUGGGCUCUGAAUGCGAUGGUGAGACUUUAAUUCGUAGUCAUGUGCGAUGUGCCCAUAUUAUCGAGUAAUUAAGGGAAUUCAUUUAUAUAUUAUUGAUUGACAUUAUGCGUUGAAAGCAUUGUGCCAUUUUAAAACUGAUUUAAUUUAAAUUUAAUUUUAUAUUUCUAUAUAUACUAUGUGUAAUUCAUAAAAAUUGUGCAAAUAAAUUUUAUUUCGUAUAGGAAA